AUGGCGGCGGUGACGCCCGUUUGGGAUUUCGGCGGCACGUGGUCGUCCGAAUUGGCCGGGGUCCGGUUCAACAUGGACUCCAGCAUCACGGUGGGUGUCGACAAUAACAUACCAGUGAAGAUACUGCAGGACGGAAAGAGGCUGAUCGGUUUUUUAAAUAAUAAGGACUGGAUGGCCAAAGCAAACGCUCAGUACGGUCGUUACGGUCCGGUCACCUUAUUUGCCAUAAAUCCGUUGGAAAAAAACGUGGCCGUGUUCGUAGGUAUAAAUCCUCGCAGAUUUGUUGGUGAUUUUGAAACGUUUGAGACAAUUUUCUCGAGACGUACAACUGUUACUUGGCAUACUAAAACGGAUAGGUUUUUUGGUAUUCUUGUGUAUAAUGUAGAUACCCAUAUUAUUACUAUUUGUUCAUAUCGAUCGCGUCAUAAAACAGAUGGGUCAGCUUGGAAAUGAACUGGGAAUAUAAUACUUCAGCCCGGGUCAUUUUUUCAGCAUAUCAUCAAUUUUUUUUUUUAAAAAACAGUAAAAAUGAUCAAUAAUUGACUGUGUUAUGUAAAUAUUUUUGAAACGAAACCACCGGAAAUCAUCUUGUCAGCUGUUAUAUAAUACGGGAUCGUAAGAAAAACACGAUGAAGUGCCAUAUGAUGUCUAUUUUCGAGGAAAAUUCGAGAAAAAACAACGACUGAGUCGAUUUAUCGUGACGAAUACGAAUUUUCACAUUCAUAAGACAUUGUCAUCAGACACGAUAUCACUGUUUUACUGAACCAAGCAGUAUAUUAUACAGGGUACAGACGUACUAAAUGCGUUCAGAAAGUCAUUGGUGAAACCCUAAGCGCUAUUCGCAUCGUGAUUUUAUGAUCGUUCCCGGUUUAUUUAUUUUAUGCCUAUGUGACGGUCUCAUUGCCGAACCGCCGAAUAAAAUGCUGCAGAUUAUUACCUGUUCGUAUUUCAUAUAGGAAUUUUGAAUCCCAACAAGAUAUGUCUAUAAGCGUUUUAACCGAAUUGUCUGUGAUCCCGAAUCUAAUGUAUAACGAUACUCGUUUCGAUUAAAAUUGGCAACCAUUUAAUGUGGGUGAAUACACCAUAUACAGUGCAAAUAAAUCCACGAAGAAAAUUAGACGAUUUUGUUUUUCACUGAUUAUUAUUAUCAUUUAUCAGAGCUCGGAUUCUAUAGCAUUUACUGAUUAUUGUAGAAUACAGAUAAAUAUAGCAGAGUGAACUCAGCAUUUGUUUUAUGCACCAGAAACUAUCCAAAUAUGAAAUUAUAUAUUGCUAUUUUUUGCAUAUUCGAAGUAUUUUUGAUUUUUAGUGCUAUUUUUAAAUUUUUGAUUCCAUUUUUUGCUAAUAUCCAUAAUAUAAUGAUAUAUUUUUUAUUUUUUAUCAGCAUUAAAAAGAAAUCUGUUAUUUAUGUGUAUAAGAAAAACACAUUUUCGUUUCAUAUUAUAAUUUAUUUUUAAGUACCCCCUACGUAUUGGCCCAUCGAACAAUAAUCGCCAUUUAUGACUUUUUGUCGGUUGUAUUUAUAAUAUAUUUAAACAGAUCAAAAAUUAAAAAAAAAAAAAUACAUUUUAUUUUUGCAAUUAUUCAUGUUUUUAUUGUAUAUUAUAGCUAAUGUUAGGAUAUUUUAGGUCGUAUUAUAGUGCAUAUUUCAAUCAUUUUCAAUGCUAUAAAAUCCAAGUCCUGAUUAUGUAUUAUUAUUAUUUUUCUACAUGAUAGUAUGCGAAUAUUAUGAAAUAUCUAUAUGUGUGUUGUACGGGAUUUUUUCCAUUUUGCUUUUAAUGUAUACUGAUAGGUGUUUUAGUUUACGUCUAUUUAAAUUUACGCUCGGCGCCUUAAACGUACGAAAAUAUGUACCUAGUUAUUAAAUUAUUGCUAAAUAACCGCCCGUGUGUGUAGGUAUUGCGAAAGAACGAUAAACGCGUAACAAUAAUUAUAAUACAACAAUGAGGGGUUUUUUUUUUUUUUUAGGAUUUGCCCACUCGCAAAACAAUAAAGACUUUGUCACCGGCGUGUGGACUAUGGGAAGAAACUGUAAAAGCAAUUUGGACAUUCACCAGUCCGUGUUUAAUAUACCGGAUGUUUUGUGUAGAGAUAGCACUUAA